AUGUGGCCCCGACAAGACGACCAAGUUGCCAAAAGUCAAGUCACACCAACCAUCAAUCUUGAUAUCAUCUCCAGUUUUUGUUCAACACCUCGCAAACUGCUCAGCACCAACGCCUCUGUGUGUUGUGCGUGUGUGUGUGUGUUUAUGUGUGUAUGUUGUAUGAAUACAUGCCAGAGCGUCACCUGCGGCUUCGCCAUUGAGACGUACGAGCAACGGGACUUGCAUACCUGCUCCGCCGGUCCAUACAGACUCAUGUGA